GCAUGUUCCAGCAGAUAAUCACUGUGUACUUCUGCAUUCUACCAAAAAAAGUAGAUCUAGAUACAGCCAUAGAUGGAAAAAAGAAAGGGUUAAUGGGGAGGAACUGCAGUAUAAAUUUGCAGAUGUCUCUGCAUAAAGGUCAUGUUUGGUGACUUAGAGCAUGACCUCAAGCAAGAAUCCACGAUUUAAUCACUUCUCAGCUGGGGCCUCGAAUAUCCCAGCAACUGAAAAUACCAACGGGACCAAAAUGGAGACAACAUUUGGCCCGGCUUUCUCGGCUGUCACAACUAUUACUAAAGCUGAUGGGACUAACACGUUUAAACAUCACCGUCGCACUCCCUCCUCAUCCAGCGCCCUAACCUUUUCUCCCCGGGAUGACGAUGAUAUUAUGCCUCCGAUUAGCACUCCCAGACGCUCGGACUCGGCUAUUUCAGUACGCUCCCUGCAUUCCGAAUCCAACAUGUCCUUACGCUCCACCUUCUCACUCCAUGAGGAAGAGGAAGAGCCGGAUCCUUUAGUGUUUGCUGAACAACCAUCAGUGAAGCUCUGUUGCCAACUGUGCUGUAGUGUUUUUAAAGACCCCGUUAUCACUACUUGUGGGCACACGUUCUGUCGGAGAUGUGCCUUGACUUCCGAAAAGUGCCCGGUGGAUAAUGCCAAACUGACAGUGGUAGUGAAUAACAUUGCAGUUGCCGAACAAAUAGGAGAACUUUUUAUUCAUUGUAAAUAUGGCUGCCGCCCUUCUGCCAAUGGGAAGCCAGUUACUUUUGAAGUGGAUCCCCGCGGUUGCCCCUUCACCAUUAAAUUAAGUGCCAGAAAGGACCAUGAAGCCAGCUGUGAUUACCGACCGGUCCGUUGUCCUAAUAACCCCAAUUGCCCCCCUUUGCUAAAAAUGAACCUGGAAGCCCAUCUGAAAGAGUGCGAGCACAUCAAGUGUCCACAUUCAAAAUAUGGGUGCACGUUCAUUGGGAACCAGGAUACGUAUGAGACGCACCUAGAGACGUGCAAAUUUGAGGGUCUGAAGGAGUUCUUACAGCAAACAGAUGACCGGUUCCAUGAAAUGCAGGUCGCUAUGGCUCAGAAGGACCAAGAGAUCGCCUUCCUACGCUCCAUGCUGGGGAAGCUCUCUGAGAAAAUCGACCAGGUUGAGAAAAGCCUGGAGUUAAAGUUCGACGUUUUGGAUGAAAACCAAAGCAAGCUGAGUGAAGACUUAAUGGAGUUCCGCAGGGAUGCGUCAAUGCUGAAUGAUGAGUUGUCUCAUAUCAACGCACGGCUGAAUAUGGGAAUAUUGGGCUCGUAUGACCCUCAGCAGAUAUUUAAGUGCAAGGGUACAUUUGUGGGGCAUCAAGGUCCUGUGUGGUGUUUGUGUGUCUACUCCAUCGGGGACCUGCUAUUUAGUGGGUCAUCAGACAAAACUAUAAAGGUGUGGGACACCUGCACAACCUACAAAUGCCAAAAGACUCUGGAGGGACACGACGGUAUAGUCCUGGCUCUCUGCAUUCAAGGAAGCAAACUGUACAGCGGAUCUGCUGACUGCACUAUCAUUGUGUGGGAUAUUCAGAAUCUAGUGAAGGUGAACACUAUCCGCGCUCAUGACAACCCUGUGUGUACGUUGGUCUCUUCACAUAACAUGCUCUUCAGCGGGUCCUUGAAAGCGAUUAAGGUGUGGGACAUCGUUGGCACUGACCUAAAGUUAAAGAAGGAACUUACCGGUCUCAACCACUGGGUACGAGCCCUGGUAGCCUCCCAAAACUACCUGUAUAGUGGGUCCUACCAGACUAUCAAGAUAUGGGACAUUCGAACUUUGGAGUGUGUUCAUGUCCUGCAGACAUCAGGUGGGAGUGUUUACUCCAUUGCAGUAACCAAUCACCAUAUAGUAUGCGGAACCUAUGAGAAUCUUAUCCAUGUUUGGGACAUUGAAUCAAAGGAGCAGGUCAGGACUCUAACUGGGCACGUGGGCACCGUGUAUGCAUUGGCAGUCAUAUCCACACCCGACCAAACCAAGGUUUUCAGUGCCUCAUACGACAGAUCCCUGCGGGUCUGGAGCAUGGAUAACAUGAUCUGUACCCAGACAUUACUCAGACAUCAAGGCAGUGUCACAGCUCUGGCAGUGUCCCGAGGACGCCUCUUUUCUGGUGCAGUAGACAGUACUGUGAAGGUUUGGACCUGCUAAUUGAACUGUUUUGGACAAGGUUUUGAGCAGCUAUUUCAGACGGGACCAAACUCUUCGGAUCCAUCUGUUGUAAUUCUGAUGGAUGCAGACACUGCUUCUGCUUGCAGGAUUUUCAUGCCUUGUCUCGGGCACUUAUCCCGAUAGUAAUACAGGACAGAGACUUUAAGAAAUCAUGUGAAGUAAGGACUCCUGGCUGAAUCUUCCUCUUUUUCCAACAUACUUGACCUUUGGACAUAGAGACGCUGGGAUUCUGAGCCUUUUUGCACAGGAAGAAAAAAAAACUCUAAUGUACCUGUGUACUUAUGUACGAUUGCACUUUCCAUUGGUGGAUGAGGGACCUUGCCGCCACACUCCCCAAUGCGCACUCCUCAACCGCACUCCUAACCUUUUUUUUAUCUGGGUGAUCUUGCCCAAAUGUAAUCAUCUUCAGAGCCUUCUCUCACCCAUUACCCAACCCAACCCAACAGGUCUAACCACAACACUUGGCUCUUUCAGCCAUAUUUAGGGUUAAGCCUAUUGCCGUCAUUCUGCUUGGCACCUUAUACCUAGAGGGAGUCUGUGUUAUUGUGCUGUAUAUUUUAGGGUGAUUUUGAUUGAGAUCUGAAUCGAACACCUGAUUUUAAUAAUAGAAAAAAAAAAAAAAAAAAUUUCGUAGAACAGGCAACCAAAAAUUAUUUUAAGAAAAGAAAAUACAAUUUAAUGCAUUGCAGCUCUCUGUGGCAUUGAGGAGUUAAUUUAAAGCGUCAGAGAUGAUAAUGCAUGAAUACCGGAGCUGUAUAUUUAACAGUAAAAUCUAGAUUGUAGCAUUAAUGCUAUUUUGUGUAUAUUAUGUCACUUUCUUGAAUGAUUUUAAUAAGUAUGCAAUCAGUCAGUAAGGAGCAUACUGCUGACACAGUACUCUUUAGUAUGUGUUUAUAUAUUAUAUCCCUAUAAUAUAUGCACACAAGUUUGUAUAUACUGUAUUUUUAAAAAAAGAAAAAAAAAAUACAAAUUAUGUGUCUUAUUUUAAAAAAAAAAAGUCUGGUGCUUUAAAUUGCCUAAACCUGAUUCCUUUGUGGGAAGGGAAAUCUGCUGUCAGCCCCAGAUAGCCUGGCGCUGAAGUGGUUAAACACUAAUCUUGCAUACGCCUUGCUACGCGCACAGCAGCGCAGGGCGCACAGCAGCGCAGGUUGCAUAUUGCGCGUUUCUGCAUGCAAUGAAGGCAGCUCACGUCAGAACGUUCAUGUCAGAAAACAUUUCACUGCAGCCAAUAUCCAGGUACGCUUCUUCCAACGGGAUUAUGCGUGGCGCCAUUUCUGCCAUCUCACGCCCUACACUUCACACUCUCUGUAUGCAAUGCUGCAUUUGUAUAACUUUUUUUUUUUUUUAAAAACAAGUCUGUAUUAUAGAUUUAACAAUAUUUCUUCAUUUCCAAUAAAGCUGAAAUGGAGACAGA